CGCCAUUGCUUUAGGGGUUGAGCUGUCUUUGUACAGAAGUGUGUUUGUUUAGCUGAUACAAUGAUGAACUUUUUUAAUGUUGUCUCUUACCAAAUUAGCUAAUGGGUGACAAGAAGAAGGCUGGUGCUCUAUUCGUGAGGCUUGUUUCAACUGCUGGAACUGGAUUUUUCUAUGUGAAGAAGAAGACCAAAACACUUGUAACGAAUCAGACGAAGCUUGAAUUUAGAAAGUUUGAUCCUCGUGUGAAUUGUCAUGUUCUGUUCAAGGAAGAAAAGAUGAAGUGAUGCAAACGCCAAACUUUUUGCCAAAUCCUCUUUUUAACGGUUAGCUUUCAUUUUUGCAGCAGGCAGUUGUGAAAUUAGACAAUAGGACCUUUUGCUCACUUGUGCUACCACAAUAAAGUUUGUUUGUUUAGUUCUGUCAAUGCAAUUCUCUGAAAUCGUUCGUGAUCAUGUUGAAUGAAACAUAUAUAGUUGUAGAAGAGUGAAUUUUUGAA